AUGCUUUUCUCCAAAUUAAUACCUGCGGCUAUCGCGCUGCUACCCGCAAUCGCCUCGGCAUCGUCCGUCAUCGACCUCACACCCUCCAACUUCGACGAUGUCGUCCUUAAGUCCGGCAAGCCCGCUCUCGUAGAGUUCUUCGCUCCCUGGUGCGGCCACUGCAAGAACCUCGCUCCCGUUUACGAAGAGCUUGCUACCGUCUUCCAGCACGCUGGAGACAAAGUCAGCGUUGCCAAGGUCGAUGCGGACCAACACAAGUCGCUGGGCAAGCGUUUCGGUGUCUCGGGCUUCCCUACCCUCAAGUGGUUCGACGGAAAGAGCGAUAAGCCUACUGAUUACAGCGGAGGACGUGACCUCGAGAGCUUGAGCAAGUUCAUCACAGAGAAGAGCUCCGUUAAGCCCAAGGUCAAGGGCAAGCUACCCAGUCAGGUCGUCUACUUGGAUGACAAGACCUUCAAGGAGAAGGUUGGAAAGGACCAGGAUGUGCUCGUUGCCUUCACCGCCCCAUGGUGCGGACACUGCAAGACCCUCGCUCCCGUCUGGGAAACUCUCGCCAAUGACUUCGUCACCGAACCCAAUGUCUUGAUCGCAAAGGUUGAUGCCGAAGCUGAGAACUCCAAGGCCCUCGCUCAGGAGCAGGGCGUUUCAUCCUACCCUACCAUCAAGUACUUCCCCAAGGGCUCCACUGAGCCUCUCCCAUACAACGGCGCCCGCGCUGAGAAGGACUUCAUCGACUUCAUCAACGCCAACGCCGGUACCCACCGUGCCGUAGGUGGUGGUCUUGACGCCACUGGUGGCACCAUCGAGGCCUUCAACAGCGUCAUUGAGAAGUUCAAUGGCAAGUGGACUGAUGGUGCUGAGGAGGCCAAGAGCCUCGCUGCCACACUCCAGGACAAGUACGCCGAGUACUACGUCAAGGUCUUCAACAAGAUCGGUGCCAACCAGGAAUACGCUGCAAAGGAGCUCAAGCGCCUGCAGGGUCUCAUUGGCAAGGGCAACCUAGCGCCCGAGAAGAUGGAUGACUUGAUGAGCAGGAGCAACAUCCUGAGGAAGUUCAUUGGUGAUGAUGCAGAGGAGAAGCAGGAGUUGUAG